AUGCGUGGUCUCAAGCUCGCUGAACGUUUCAAGAGCAUUCAAGUACAUGCUCUCAGUUCUUCUUCGUCAGAAACAAACGGCGGCAAUAGCAAGAAAGGCUCGGAAACAAUAGGUGGUAAUAGCAGCAAAACCAAAUCUCACAACAACCUUAACAGGAACCGAAACAUAAUACCACCAUGGUCAAAAACCAAAUCCAGCACAAACAACAACCCAACCUCAGAAUUUGCAAACCUUGUCCCUCUUCACCUCCCUUCCACCGACACCAUUGAACCAACCAUAGAACCUCACUUUAAGCCCAUAAACCUUGUGGAGACCUUAUCAGAGUUCUAUCAGCGCAUGGAGUGUUGCUCACAGUCCAACAAAGCAGUAAUGUGUGUGGAACAGUGUACUCUCUUGCGCGGCCUUGGUGAUCAGAAAAUUCUUAGAAGAUGUCUCAGGACAGCAUGUCAAAAUGCUGGGGAUGUGCUCUCCAAGGUUGUGUUGUCUGCAUGGUUGAUGUUUGAGAGGAGAGAUGAUGAGCUUGUUGGUCUUUGUUCAAUGGAUUGUGGUGGUUAUGUUCUAGAGUGUCCAAAGAAGAAUUUAGAACCUGGGUUUCGUCCUUGUUCAGUUAAUGAUCACUGCCAGUGUCAACAAGAGUUAAAUCAGGAAACCUGCACUGAGAGUGUGCGUAAGUCAGAUGAGGAAAGUGAUGUUCUGUUUUGUGUUGGGAGGGAAGAAAUCAGUUGUGUCAGGUAUAGGAUAGCUGCUCUUUCAGACCCUUUUAAUGCUAUGCUCUAUGGUGGCUUUACUGAGUCCAAAAUGAGCAAGAUUGAUUUUUCAGGAAAUGGGAUAUGUCCGAAGGGAAUGAGGGCAGUGGAGUUUUACAGCAGGACCAAAAGAUUGGACCUCUUCUGCCCAAUGACUGUUUUGGAGCUUCUGUCCUUUGCCAAUAGGUUUUGUUGUGAGGAGAUGAGUUCUGCCUGCGAUACUCAUCUGGCUUCAAUUGUUGUGAAUGUUGAAGAUGCGUUGGUUCUUAUUGAGUAUGGAUUGGAAGAGAGAGCCACCUUUCUUGUAGUGGCUUGCUUACAAGUGUUUCUCAGGGAGCUUCCAAAUUCUUUGUAUAAUCCAAAGGUGGCAAAAAUAUUCUGUAGCUCUGAGGUAAAGGAAAGGUUAGCCAAUAUGGGGUGUGCCUCUUUCUUAUUGUACUACUUCCUGAGCCAGGUGGCUAUGGAGGAAAACAUGGUGUCUAAAACAACAAUGAUGUUGCUGGAGAGAAUGGGGGAGUGUGCCACAGAAAGAUGGCAGACAGCCCUAGCAUUCCACCAAUUGGGGUGUGUGUUGCUUGAAAGGAAAGAAUACAAAGAUGCUCAGCAUUGUUUUGAGGUAGCAGUUGAGGAGGGUCAUGUUUAUUCAUUGGCUGGUGUGGCCAGAACUAAGUACAAACAGGGUCAACCAUAUUCAGCCUAUAAGUUAAUUAGUUCUCUCAUAUUUGAGUAUAAACCAGCUGGGUGGAUGUAUCAGGAGCGUGCACUAUACAACAUGGGAAAGGAGAAGAGUUUUGAUUUAGAUGUUGCAACUGAAUUGGAUCCGUCCCUUUCAUUUCCAUAUAAAUAUAGAGCCCUAGCAAAGGUGGAGGAGAAGCAGAUAAAGGAAGGGAUUAUAGAGCUAGAUAAGUUUAUUCGAUUUAAACUCACCCCUGAUUGCCUAGAAUUGAGAGCUUGGUUAAAUGUGGCACUUGAGAAUUAUGAAAGUGCAAUGAGAGAUAUUCGGGCAUUGCUAACCAUUGAACCAAAUUACAUAACUUCACAUGGGAAGAUCAAAGGGGGAUACUUGCUCCAACUUCUAAACCGUGGAGUUCAGCAGAAGAGUCAGGCCGAUUGCUGGAUGCAGUUAUAUCAGCAAUGGUCUUGUGUAGAUGAUGUCGGUUCUUUGGCUAUUAUACAUCAGAUGCUAGAGAAUGAGCCUGGAAAGAGCCUUCUAGAGUUUCGUCAGUCUCUACUCUUACUGAGAUUAAACUGUCAGAAGGCUGCAAUGCGCAGCUUGCGGUUGGCCAGAAACCACUCUAGCUCAAUGCAAGAGAGCCUAAUUUAUGAAGGAUGGAUCCUGUAUGACACUGGCUAUCGUGAAGAAGCUUUGGCAAGAGCUGACAGAUCCAUUGCAAUUCACAGAUCAUUUGAAGCUUUUUUUCUAAAAGCAUAUGUGUUGGCAGAUACAACUCUGGAUCCUGAAUCUUCUUCCUACGUCAUUCAGCUUCUAAAAGAAGCACUUAAAUGUCCUUCAGACGGUCUUCGCAAAGGACAAGCAUUGAAUAACUUGGGGAGUAUUUAUGUGGAUUGUGGUAAGCUUGAGCUUGCAAAAGAAUGCUACAAGAAUGCACUGGCAAUUAGGCACACAAGAGCUCAUCAAGGUCUAGCACGAGUUUAUCAUCAGAAAAAUCAAAGAAAAGCUGCAUAUGAUGAGAUGACCAGGCUAAUUGAGAAGGCAGAGAGCAAUGCCUCAGCAUAUGAGAAAAGAUCAGAAUACUGUGACCGUGAGAUGGCAAAAGUUGAUCUUGAUGUUGCAACUCAACUUGAUCCUUUAAGAUCCUAUCCAUAUAGAUACAGAGCAGCAGUGUUGAUGGAUGAGCAAAAAGAAACUGAAGCAUUAGAAGAACUUACCAAGGCCAUAAAAUUCAAGCCUGAUAUGCAAAUGCUUCACCUACGAGCUGCAUUUUAUGAGUCAAUGGGGGACCUAUCAUCUUCUCUACAAGAUUGUCAGGCUGCUCUUUGCUUAGACCCAAAUCAUGCAGGCACACUUGAUCUAUAUCGAAGGAUGCGGAAGUUGAACUUCUAA